CAGACUUUUCUUCCAAUAACCCACUAGACUUCGAACCCUAUAAUGGCGUCAGCUGCUUCUUACGAUCCCGAUGAUUUCGAAAAUAACAAUCCUUUUGCAGAGCCCGAGCACUCCCCACCACUUGUCAAGUCAGAUUAUGGCAGUGGAAGUGCUGACGUGACAAGUUCUGUGGCCCACUUUAGCAGUGCACAAGGUGAUUUUGAAUCAUCAUCCACGGGCGAAUUGGUAAAAGAGGAAUUGAUGAGGUUGAUCCCUGAACGCUUCAACGACAAAUACACAAUCAAACUCAAGCUACGUGCCAUUGAAGAAAACAAGCCUGGGAAUCCAAUCUUGCGCUUCGACGCAACCGUGAAUGGCUUGCUGAAAUACAGACAAAAGGAAUACACCAGUAUCCGCAGAACAUACAGCGAGGUUUUGGCCUUCAACAAAUACUUGCUGGUUUCAAACCUCGAGGUUUUCGUGCCGGUGAUCCCACUGGCCCGCACGUCGUACCCCACCGGUGGGGACGACGAAAAAAAGCAAUUGAUGUACGUGUGGCAAGAAUGGAUGAACCGCGUGACCCACAACCCGAUUCUUGUCCGGGACGAGGAGUUUGUCUACUUCAUUGAAAAUGACUUUGGUUACACUGUCAUAAACUCGAACCGGAAGUCCACCGUGGCCAGUGGGUUCUUGAGGAAAACCUUGAAACAGUUGGCUGUACCUUACGACCCGUACCAAGAGCUAGCUGAGUUCCGGCCGAUGAUCAAAUCUGCCUACACCUCCGGCAUGAAGUUGCACAAAGCUUUGGAGAAGAACCAGCGAAACUACAAGCAGCUAGCAUCGUUCAUUGCGGAGUUGAGUACCAAACUCAAGGGGCUUGCCCAGUUCGAGACCGUGCACCCGGGCAUGAAGAAUAUGUGGGAAAAGCUCUCGAAUGUAGCACACAUCCAAUCUGAGCUUGCUUUACUCCAACUGAUCAGCGAUAUGGGGUCCUUGGGAGACGGCACACAGGCGUUGGUCGACAACCUCUACGAGAUAAAGGAGGCCCUCACCAACAGGCACUUGAUCAUGAGAGAGCUUCUCCAGGCCCAAGCUGAAACCAGGAGCAAGCAUCUCAACGCGACAAAGAUCAAAAACAAGUCUUCGCUCGACCCGAUCAAAGUGGACGAGGCCUUGAGUUCUCUCGAAUUGGCGACCAAGGCAGAAGAAAGUCUAAACAUGCAAGUGAAAAGGAUCCUGGGAGAGAUGAUGUUUGAGCGGAAAGAGGCCAUUGGCUUCUACGAGAAGAAGUUCCAGAGAACCCUCAAGUUGUUCUCGUUGGCUCGCAUUGACCAGCACCGCAAACUCCUCAAGCACUUGGAGAACAUCCGUGUCGACGUGCGAAUCAUUGAUGCCAACGGGGGGUUGUCGCGGCUAAACAGGGACAACUUGACGCAGAUGAAGCACAAUUUGCACCAGUCCCAGGCGGAGAUGGGCGACGCGUGGUCGUCGAGAACGUUCCGCAGUCUAUCUACCGAGAAUGCAGAGGAGCUGGAAAGGCUACGUGUCCGAGAGCUAGGUGACGAAGAGAGCAUGGACGCGCGACAGGCCGCGUCGGUGCUUGGGUCUGCAUUGUUUUCGGUGUGA